AUGCGGCUGGUCCUUGUCAGACCUACCAAUGAAACGAGCCGCCUUGACUCCACCGGGGCCGCACGCAGCGAAAGGGUGCCGGAUCAUUGCAGCGCAAAGCGGCACUCACUGCCCGCCGGAGGUGAGGAGGUGAUGCAGCAUCGGUACCCGCGCGCUGUGCAGCAGCAACAGCGCGUAUCCACCCCGGAGCACAGGGGAGCGCAAACCUGCGCCGUUCCGUGUCCCCAAGCGGCGCCAGGUCGGUCCGCGCCGCUGUGCAGUCUGCCACCGCCGCCACCGGCGCAGAACACGCGCAGCUGUCUUUCAUCAAAACAGAGCCAAGUGACGCUCCCCUUCCCUUUCGGUCAGGAAGACAGCACGACUGGCGAGCUGCAACGGGGCGGUCCACCAGCGCUAACAAGCCGAGGAACCAACCCGAGCCGCGAGUCCAGCUACUGCAAACACUCGAUUCGUCGACACGGUCUUGGAGCGGGCGCGGUAGGAGCGCGAGCGCAUUCUCCCACUAACCCCGUUUGCCAGCAGCACGGCGUCUGGUGCGCUCCGGGUUCUGCUGCGUCGCAAUUGGGGUGUCAGCCUCGAGGGGAUAAUUGGGGCAAAUCUGCAAAUUGCCAGCAAGAUCAUUUCUCCUGCAGCUGCGGAAGGGAAGGCGCGUUACCAGAGGAGCAGCUGUUACAGUCACAGCCUCAGACCCGUGAUUGUACGCCGCCACAACAGAGAAACCCUUUCGCCAACCUCCUGCAAAACACGCCACCAUCGCAGUGCGUCCGCACGCACCCGCCAGGUGAAAUCGCGCACAAGCUGGUAUUGUUCAAUCCCGACGAGCCGCAGCCGCCGCCGCCGCCUCAGUUACAGGUUCAGCAGCAGCGGCUCGUGAGGAGCAGCCUACCAAACUGCUGUGCGAGAGGAUCGGCGGAGCUGAGGUCUCAGCAACCGUCUCUGCUGCAGCAACAAGCGCGAGCGACCCAUGCGGAAUGGCAGCAGUGCCGUGACAGCGACGGUCAGAGAUCAGGCGACAGAAAUCGCUCGUUACCGCAGCAGUGCCUCCGCUCGCAGCCCACCGACUGCUCGCCCGGCCGAUGCCCGCGAGUCAGACCCUCGCCUGCGACGACACGGAGUAAAAGCAGUCCUCUCUCCACGGACAGCCGCCCGUGGGUGGACAACAACCCGCGGGGAGAGAACCAGCAUAGAAGCGAAGGGCAUCAGGUGUGUGCGGAUGCCAGCAGGCUGAGCCAUGCUUGGUCGCGGUCUUCGCUGUCCGCCGGCGGCGCUCAGCUCCCUCAGAUAGCCAUGAACAGUUGCAAGUACAAUGGAGGCGUGGUGAGACCACUGAGCCACCUGGGCACGUCCCGGAGGAACCUGGCAGAUCUGGACUCGGAGACACAACCUCUGCAGACGCUGCACACCUCCGGCCUCGAGGUGGUGGUGUCCAAGGGCAAUGGAGACGACCCCGGCAAAACGUCCCGCGAGAGCCUGGUCCGUGAGGCGGGUUGCAGUGCCCCACACAAGAGGAACAAGGACAUCGGCUACAAGCUCGGCCACCGGAGGGCACUCUUUGAGAAGCGCAAGCGCCUGAGCGACUACGCCUUGAUCUUCGGGAUGUUUGGCAUUGUCGUUAUGGUAACAGAGACUGAGCUCUCCUGGGGGGUUUAUACAAAGGAGUCCUCAUAUUCAUUUGCACUGAAAUGCCUCAUCAGCCUUUCCACUCUCAUUCUGCUUGGUCUGAUUAUUAUGUAUCACGCACGAGAAAUCCAGCUCUUCAUGGUGGACAAUGGCGCGGACGACUGGCGGAUAGCCAUGACGUACGAGCGCAUUCUGUUCAUCGUCCUGGAGCUGCUGGUGUGCGCCAUCCACCCCAUCCCGGGACAGUACGUCUUCACGUGGACGGCGCGUCUGGCCUUCACCUACGCGCCGUCCGUGGCGGACGCUGACGUGGACAUCAUCCUGUCCAUCCCCAUGUUCCUGCGCCUCUACCUGAUCGGCCGCGUCAUGCUCCUCCACAGCAAGCUGUUCACGGACGCGUCGUCGCGGAGCAUCGGCGCCCUCAACAAGAUCAACUUCAACACGCGCUUCGUCAUGAAGACGCUCAUGACCAUCUGCCCCGGCACGGUGCUGCUCGUCUUCAGCAUCUCGUCCUGGAUCAUCGCCGCCUGGACCGUACGCGUGUGCGAAAGGGGUCCAAAAUAUCAUGAUAAACAGGAAGUCACGAGUAACUUUCUGGGGGCUAUGUGGCUGAUCUCCAUAACGUUCCUGUCCAUUGGCUAUGGAGACAUGGUGCCACACACCUACUGUGGGAAAGGGGUGUGUCUUCUGACAGGCAUCAUGGGAGCUGGCUGUACUGCGCUGGUGGUUGCGGUGGUGGCCAGGAAGCUGGAGUUGACCAAGGCAGAGAAACAUGUUCAUAACUUUAUGAUGGACACUCAGCUCUGCAAAAGAGUGAAGAACACAGCUGCUAACGUACUCAGGGAAACGUGGCUAAUUUACAAACACACCAAACUAGUGAAGAAGGUCGAUCACGCCAAGGUCCGAAAACAUCAGCGCAAGUUUCUGCAGGCGAUUCACCAAGCUCAGAAACUGCGCAGUGUAAAGAUGGAACAGAGGAAGCUGAAUGAUCAGGCGAACACGCUGGUCGACUUAGCCAAGACCCAGAACGUGAUGUAUGACCUGGUGUCAGAGCUGCAGGAACGUAGUGAAGAGUUGGACAAGCGGAUUGGUCAGCUGGAGGAAAAACUGGACUCCAUCACCUCCAGCCUGCAGGCUCUGCCUGGCCUCCUGUCCCAAGCCAUACUGCAGCAGCAGCGCCACCUGCUGGACGGACUGGUCCAGCACAGCCUGACUCUCACACGCGCCUCUUCUCAGGCGUCAGAGCGCUCCUGGAGCUCGUCCAUCCGCCGACGGAGAUCGCCCUCCACCGCUCCACACACAUCCUCCGACAGCGGCUAGGCCGCUCGCGCACACGCGCACACACACGAUCACUCACUCACAUUCCUCUGCCAUCCUUGACUAACACUGCUAAAUGACUUUUAGUACUUAAAACUAAAAACAAACAAACAAAACAACAAAAAAAAACCACAAUUACUUCAACACACUGAAAAAAAACAACACGAUGUAAUGAGUUAACAGUUCAUGGUAGACAUACGGUUUAUGUUUAGCCAUUGUAUGGCUGAUUAAAGUUAGCUUUUUUGUAAAGCCCUUGUAUAGUUAUGGACAGAGUGCAGGGUACAGGGGGAUCAAUACCACCGCUGCCGAAAAACGCCCCACGGAGAGGAUGCACGGAGGGAACGCCAGGCGCCAGGAGGACAGAGAGACAUGCUGGUGUGUGCAAACGGGGCCUUUGGGAGCUCUGAACCCUAGCAAAUAACCACCAAAAACCAAAACAAUCUGUGGAGAGAUGUUAGCAGCAGGGUGUGACCACGUAACACAGACUAGCCAAUGGUCGUCUCCGCAUAUCCAAAAUGAAUAACUGUCUUACCAACCAAACAUCAGAUAACAACCAUAAAAAAAAAUUGUUGAUGUGUUCAGUGGAAACGUUGCUGCCAUUGUAUUUUUGCACGUUGAAGAUGAGUUGAAUUUCCUUUCUGACGAUAGAGUAAUAGUUUACAAGCUCACCCCAUUUACAAAGCAUGUUUGGUAAGCAUCAAAUUUAAAAUCACUGUUUGUGUAAGUUUUAUGUAUUUUUUUCUGUUGUGGUUUCAUGGAUGCUUUGAAUGUUGGGGUUGUAUGAGGACGUACAUUCCUUUUUUUUUUACCACGAAAACAAAACACAUGCAAGUGCCCAAACUGAAUUUUGCAUUGUACAUGUAGAAGAUUUCAGAAACCAGAAGCUGAUGUGGUAUGGUAACUAUGGUAACUGUGGUAACUAUGACAACCGUGGUAAACGGGACAUCUUUUGGCUUGUUUAUGGAGGCCUGUGUUAUAGAGACAUUUCUUGGUAAACCAUCCUCGCCUUUAAUCAGAGCUUCCAAGGGUCCUUAACAACUGUUUUAGUUCAGGCAUUCUGCAGUGCAGGCCGAGGAUUUGACCAGUGGAUUUCUGACCAGAAGAAGGAAGUACACCCCGCCCCUUGCAUGUUUCAAUGCAAAUGAUGAUGGAGCUGACCUAUGGGAUGGCUUUAUGUUAAUUUUUUCCUUUCUCUUCCUUUUUUUCAUUUUUUACAAAGAUUCUUUUUUAUUAUUUACCUAGAGUUUGUAUAGCUUGUAGAGGAUAUACUGUAAUGUUAUUACAGAGCAGCAGCAUAGCUGAAGCCAUGCAUUCCCAGAUCAAAGACCAACAACCACCAAAAAAAACCUAAAUAAUUAAAAAAGAACAGACUAAUUUCACAUUUGGAUAUCAUCAUAGAUCAUAAGAAAUUAACCAAUUAGAUUCCAGCUCUGUAUUUGAGACUAAAAUAUCAGAUGUGGUUGCUGUCACGGGUUUCAAAAAAAAAAAAAAAAAAAAAACGGAAAAUAAGCAGAAGGGAAGAAACUGGCUUUCCUGUGUGUGUUGGGGCCUGUUGACCAACCUGUAGCAGAUCGGCGUGAUGCAGGGUCUCCGAUCUGAAGAAAUAAACCCACCGAUCCAGAA